ACAAAAAUUUGUAUUUUGUGACUUGGUGAAUUUGGUGUUGGUGAAUGGUGUCCUAAUUGUUUAAUUUUACACAAAGUAUUACGUGUCCCAUAAAAAACUAUUCGUUUUUAACCAGUAAUACAUAAUAUCACUCCAGCAUAAUGUAUUUCGUGUCUAAUAUCGUCAAAGUUACCAUACCUAAUUACAUGGCCAGCUUACCUAUUCCGGAUUCUUUCGGAGGAUGGUUCCGACUUGGAGUUCGAGAUUGGCUGGCCCUGCUUCCACCUACUUUGGCUAUUGGUGGUAUAUCCUAUGUAUCCUACCAGACAAUAAAGAAAGCAAGAGAAGCUGGCAAUGGUCAGGUGAACCCCUGCAUCAGGAAGGACAUUAACAAAGUGGUAGAUUUCAUUGACAUUGAAGAUAUCACUGAGAAAGCAUCCUUGUGUAGAUGCUGGAGAAGCAAAAAUUGGCCAUAUUGCGAUGGCGCCCAUGGGCCUCACAACAAAGAGACCGGAGACAACACUGGACCAGUUGUUGUCAGACACAAGCCUGCUCAAUAAGUACACAAACAUGAAACAGUCAACAAGGAAAAGGGUCACAUAAUGUUUUCAUAGAAACAUGUUUGAGAUAAAACUAUGUAUAUUGAUGUAAGACAUAAAACAAUAUAUUCUGAAGCAUGCUGUACAUAAUAUAUUUUAUUAUGUAAAAUUA